AUGCGUCUUGAGGACAAUACCAUAGAAAAAGCCAUUUCCUUUGUCUUCAAACUGUACCAAAUCGGCCUUCAAGUGAUCAUGGAGUGUCCCAGUGGCCUGGUGGAUGAAGAGACCUUCAAGCUCAUCUAUGCCCAAUUUUUCCCCCAGGGAGCCGUGAGAGAUGUAAGCGUUGGCAGGCCUGGCACCGAAUGUCCCCUCUUGCCAGGCUCACAGGCUGUGACUGAUCUCCCUCUCUCUUUCCCCUCCCCCUCUCUCUGUUGCUGUCUUGAACAGGACUUCGUCAUUGGCCUCUCCAUUUUGCUACGUGGCACAGUGCAUGAGAAACUCAGCUGGGCUUUUAACCUCUAUGACAUCAACAAGGACGGCUACAUUACCAAGGAGGUACUCGCUAAAUCCUAUUUUUAUACCCAAGUGGACCUGGCAGCAGAUUCGGCCAGUGAGGAUUUUGGGGAGGCCAGUCCUGGAGUCUGGGGAAGGCCCUGA